AUUGUAUGCAGAGUAUGAACAAGGACGAAAAUGACGAGCGAAUUAUACAAGUUAAUCAUACAAAUACGACGACGCAAGAACUAUUGUCUCCCGCUUGGGAUGCCAUGCUAUGCUGUGUUGGCGAAAAAGUCAUGCGCCGUUUGUUGAAGGAUACCAUUAUGCUCGCACGGAUCGACAACGGCCCGCGGAUAAACGUGGUUGUGGAUUGCGUUCCUUCUACAGUGCGCUCUGAUGUGAAAAUAGACAUGAAUACGUACAGCAUUAUACCGGGUAGAAUGAUGUAUAAUAAGCGUUUUGAUGGACGGCCUCGAACAAUGAUGAAAGAGAACUCCUUGGAGCAGUUAAAAAUCAUGUUUCCCAAUGAGUUUUCAAAAAGAUCCAGAAAGUUCCCAAAACGGCUCGAUACAGUUAAUAAUAUUGUGGAGCAAAUUAUACAGAAAAACGCACGAUCCAAACCUAUGUCAGCGCUAGCACAUACUUGUGCACGUCCUAAAGACGGUCCUAUGGAUAAAAUGACGACUUCUCCCAAUGCAAUAUACCAAUUCGCUGUCAAGCAAGUUAAACGGGUGUUUCCUAUCGAGUUUUGGGGAUCUGAACGCAAUCUUCUUCUGGUACUGAAAGUCAUCAGACAAGCCAUGAAUCUUCGAAAACGAGAAACAUUAGAUCUUAAGGAUGCGUUACGAGAAUUUAAUUCUUACUUUUAUGUGACAGAAUCCAGUACCGUCAACAACCGCAUGUCAUUUUUUCACGCUGAUAUAUGGAAACAAAAAACGCAAUCAUUGGUUGAUGGACUUGUGGAGAAACGAUAUGAAAGAGUUGCAUACACUCCAGAAACAGUAGCGUCACUCCGAAUCGUACCAAAGGGUGCUAGUAUGCGUCCCAUUACCAACAUGAACUGCUUUGAUUCCAUCGAUCAAGGCUUACUACUUGAGAUAUUGAAGGAAAAGUUAAAGGAGGCGUACCUCAAGGAUCAUGUUUAUCUACGAUACUUUCCGACCAUUUCUAUAUCCACAUGGAAAAUCAAUGUUUACCCUUUAUUAAAGAGGAUCCACAAGCAAUAUGUUGACGAUUUUCUGUUGGUAACUCCUAACAAAGACACCAUUGAAAAGUUCUGCAAAUUCAUAUAUACAGGUGCCGACCGAUAUGGAACAACAUUUUCUGCUGCUAAAUCUGUCACCACUGCCAAUGUUGACUCUGUCCAACUAUGGACUGAAACUGGGUAG